UUCUUCAACAACUCGAGGAACAGUUAAUGGAAUUUCACUCCCACAUCAAAUUAUAUUUCUAACAUAAUUUGGAUCGCUACUGUUAUGCUCCAUCCUCUGUGAUUUCUCUUCUCGCAAUCUUCACAUGGAUCCCAACCAGCAAGUAGUAGAAAACUACGCGAAUCCAAGGACUUGCUUCUUCCAUGUCCUCUUCAAGGCUGCAUCGUUGGCAUUUUACAUUCUCUCAACGCUCUUUAUUGCUAACUUUGUCAUCAUCUUCGUGGUCACCGUGCUUCUCGCGGCGCUUGAUUUUUGGGUGGUUAAGAAUGUGAGUGGCCGGAUUUUAGUUGGGUUGAGGUGGUGGAAUGAAAUCAAUGAUCUGGGUGAGAGUGUUUGGAAAUUUGAAUGUCUUGACCAAGAGUCAUUGGCUCGGAUGAAUAAAAAGGACUCGUGGCUUUUCUGGUGGACCCUUUACCUUACGGCAAUUUUAUGGAUCCUGCUUGGAAUAUUCUCGCUCAUAAGGCUUCAAGCUGAUUAUCUCCUUGUUGUUGGAGUUUGUUUGACACUCAGCAUUGCAAAUAUUGUUGGUUUUACCAAAUGCAAAAAAGAUGCUAAGAAGCAACUUCAACAAUUUGCCUCUCAGACAAUUGCCACUCGGUUCUCAUCUACCCUACAGUCAGCAUUCAGUGUCGUCUAAGAUGGAAAUGCACAUGUGCAUUAUUGGAAAUAUUGAGAUGUGGUGGAGGUUUGUACAUGAUGAUUAUUUUGGCCAGCAUCGGAUUGAAUUCUGACUACCUAUCAAAUUUGCAUAGUUACUGAUACAGCAAAUGCAAAAUUUUGUACUCUCUUUACAAGAAAUGGGUUGAGUGAGACUUCGAUAAACAAAUUACUUAGUAAAACUGUUAUUUUUAGGUGUACAUCGUUUUUCUUGUAUUCUUUUGCGUUGGUGUUCUAUGAUUUAUAUUCUGUAUGGACUAAAAUAUUGACUCAUGAAAAUUGGUGGAUAAUAUAAAUCACGAUGUUGUAUCA